UCAGGACCAAGUAUGUACAAUCUUAUCGCAAGAAGAAUAAUGGCACAACGGCUCUGUGCAUACCAGUUUGCCAGAAUGCUUUCUGCUUCAGACAACAUACCUCAGCUGAUGGAGAAGUUUAAGCCUCUGAUAACAGACAGAUUGGUGCAUGAGACAGGGGUAUCUGCUGUCCUGAAACUCACCGACUCUGCUUGGACCCUUGACCUUAGGGACGAAGGUACAAUUAAAGAGGGAGCUGACGAAAGUGCUGACAUAACCCUAGACAUGAAGAACGAAGUGUUCUUCAAACUGAUCGACGGCAGGACAUCUACCGCUGCAGCCUACAUGUCAGGGCAGUUAAAACUGGAAGGUAACAUCAUGCAAGCAAUGAAGCUCAGCUCGAUGUUCAAGAACAUGCAGAGCGCUAUCUCCGAGGAAGCUAAGUGAUUAUCUUAGCUAUUAAGAUUAAAUCUGUUCGAUUUUACCAGUAUUCUUCUGUGAUUUUAUAAUCAUGAUUUAUAUGAUGAGGAUUGAGGACGCUAUAUUUUUUGUGUGUGAAGAUAAUUGUUUUAAUGUUUUGAAUUGUUUAAAACUUAAACUGCUGAUUUAAAUUAUUGCUGUGAUGUUUAAUUAGUUGCUAAAUUAAUGGAGAGAAAAUGUGCUCUUUUGUUCAGAAAAUAUGGGAUACGGUGCCUUAGUUUAGAAUUUGAAUUAUAUAAAACAGCUGCGCGGUUUUUCUAAUAAGUACGUUCUUUACUAGGAAACUUAAGAAAUCCCUUAAUUGGCAAGCACCCUGCUAAUAAAUAACAACGAAAAAUGCCAUUAACGAUUCUUAAAUUUGUACUCUUGAUGGAGUAUCUUGAUCAUGAA